UCUUGAGUUAUGCAGCAUAGGCUGGCGGGGUGAGGGCCUUGGGGCUGGAGAGAAACGGCCCCUUAAGUGUAUUAUUACUAUGGUGAUCUUUGAUGAGAAGAAUACAUUUUGGCUGGAGUUUGAGUUUUGAAACUUUUUUUUCUUCCCCUUCCUUGGGUUGCCAGCAUGGAGAAGGUGGGGGAUGCCCUGGAAGAAGUCCUGAGCAAAGCCCUGACUCAGAGAAGCAUCACCGUUGGGGUGUAUGAGGCUGCCAAACUACUCAACGUGGAUCCAGAUAAUGUGGUGCUUUGCCUGUUGGCAGCAGACGAGGAAGACAACCAGGAUGUUGCUUUACAAAUUCACUUCACUCUGAUUCAAGCUUUUUGUUGUGAAAAUGACAUUAAUAUACUUCGAGUGAAUAACCCAAGCCGCCUUGCAGAGCUUCUGCUUUUAGGGGCAAGCGGAGGGGUUGAACAGCCUGCAGACCUGCACUGUGUGCUAGUAACAAAUCCACAUGCUUCUCAAUGGAAGGAUCCAGCCCUAAGUCAGCUGAUCUGCUUUUGCCGUGAAAGCCGCUACAUGGAUCAGUGGGUCCCCGUUAUUAAUCUGCCUGAACGGUGACAGCAGGCAAAUAAGGUUGAACUGAAUAGAGAAAAAGUUGCACUGAAGUUUCAAGAUACUUUAGUUAUUUGCUCAGGAAGUAAUUUCCCAGCCUGACACAAGGAUUACAGUAAUUGAGGUCAAGUCAGUAGGCUGAGGUUGAACUGCACAUUGUGUGAAACUGAAGGAUGUUUGACAGCACGGUUGGUCAAUGAUGGACUCAAAGCAGAAGCCAUGUUGAGGGAGCAAUAGGAAGUCCCCAGAGGAAGUUAAGAGUUCUGCAAGACGGUUGUGAAAUCAAGUGUGGCAGAGUUCCUUUCAGAAGCCACCAAGUGGGCUUAGUUGGCAUUGUCAGAGAGGAAACUCCUAGUUUCUGUUUUAAAUACCUUUCACUUUUGAGACCGAAAAGGUUUCGUUUACUCUAGCAACCAUUCUCUUUUGUUUCAACACGCCCAUUUCUUCAGUUUUCUUCUAAGAAGUAUUAAAUUAUUUCGCAAGACCAGUGAAAGAUUUAUUUAUGCUAGGGAUUUUGUGCACCACUUGUAUUAAAAUGGUUGAACUGCUGCCUUUUAAUGUUUGAAAUUGGACUGUGUUCACUGAAAUAAAACAUUUAAAAAUCACCAGGAAAUGGUUGUU